AUGCAUGAUAUAAAAUCCAUCCUUACAGAUAUAGUUGAUGUACUCAUUGUCGGAGGUGGAAUUGGUGGUCUUGUCACGGCUUUAUGUUUACAUCGUGAAGGUUAUUCAGUUCGCGUUCAUGAACGAGUGGCAGCAGUAGAACCAAUUGGAUUCGGUUUAAACCUUCAACCAUUUAGUGUGAAAGUAUUGUAUGAACUCGGAUUAGAACACGAAUUAGAUGAAGUUGGUAUUCAAGGAGCCAAAGCUCUUUUUUAUUCACGUCAUGGACAACUUAUUUAUAGUGAAGUGAAAGGUAUUGAAGCAGGUUAUAAAUGGCCUACAUAUUCAAUGCAUCGUGGUAACUUUCAACAAUUAUUAAUGCGUCAUGUACGUGACGAAGUAGGCGAAACAUCCGUUUGUUUAAACCAGAAAUUGAUUGCUUUUCGAUCGUAUUCCGAUUAUGUGGAAGCAGAUUUUGUUAAUCCACGCACAGGCGAUAUAAAUACUGAACGAGCAAAAUUAUUAAUAGGCGCUGAUGGAAUCAAUUCUACGGUACGAAAGAUUUUAUAUCCCAACGAAGGACGUCCUCUCUGGAGAGGCAGCAAACUAUAUCGUGGUGUAACAGAAACGGAUAAACUGUACUUAGAUGGACGAACCAUGAUUUUAAUGGGGAAUCCAAAUGAUAUUGAAUUUGUUACGUAUCCUGUAGGUAAAAAUACAAUAAAUUGGGCUUGUGUUGUUCGAGUAGACAAACCAGAUGUACAAACAACAUCGGUAACACCUGAUUGGAACAAUAUUGGUCAUAGUGAAGAUCUUCUUCCAUUCGUAUCACAUAUGAAACUCGAUUUUCUUGAUAUUCGUCAUCUAAUACAAUCAUCUAUUAUUAUCAAUGAAUUUCCGAUGACUGAUCGUGAUCCGUUACCACGAUGGACACAUGAACGUGUAACUUUACUGGGCGAUGCUGCUCAUCCUAUGUAUCCAAAUGGAGGUAAUGGUGCUUCUCAAGCUAUUCUCGAUGCUCGUGAACUUACUCUUUCGUUUCGUCAAUAUGGAAUCACUCCAGAAGGUCUACAAGCGUAUGAUGAUCGUCGACGUCCUGCUACAAAUACUGUUGUUCUCGCAGCUCGUCAAUAUGGUUCUGAAGAGAUAUUAAAAAUUGUCGAUGAACGAUCUUCACAUGAAUUUUCCAGUUUAUCUGACGUCGUUUCAACAGAAGAACUCGAAACUAUAAUGUUGAACUUUAAAAAAGUGACUGGUUCAAAUAUACAAAAACUUAAUCAAGAACCUUCACUCUUUUAA